GCUCCUUCCUGGUUUCUCUGCUUCCUUACCCUGGUGUAGACUGUUGCUGAAGGGGUCCCCUCCCAGUGCUUUGGUGAAGGGUUCUGCGGUUAUCGCAAAGGCAUAAUCAUGCCGGGUGGGUACAAAGGAGAGUGCGGGGAUGAGGUGGACCCCAUGCCAUUCCUAGCCCCUACUGAGAAGGAGAAGCUGGACGCCAUCAACAAGCCCUACGACAUCAAGAAGUCCUGCUGGGUGAAGGACGAGAAGGACGCCUUCGUCGCCGGCGAGAUCCAGUCUGAGGACGGUGACAAAGUCACCAUCAAGACUGCCAAGAAUGCAACGGUCACCAUAAAGAAGGAUGACAUUCAGCAGAUGAAUCCCCCCAAGUUUUUCCAGGCCAAUGACAUGGCCAACCUCACGUUCCUGAACGAGGCCAGCGUGCUGGAAAACCUGCGCUCCCGAUAUGUGAACAUGAGAAUCUAUACGUAUUCGGGCUUGUUCUGUGUCACGGUGAACCCUUACAAGUGGUUGCCAAUCUAUGGGGCCAAGGUAGCCAACAUGUACAAGGGGAAGAAACGCAAUGAAGUUCCUCCUCAUCUCUUCUCCAUCUCUGACAACGCUUAUCAUGACAUGUUGAUGGAGCAAGAAAACCAGUCUAUGCUGAUCACCGGAGAAUCAGGUGCCGGCAAGACUGAGAACACCAAAAAGGUCAUCCAGUACUUCGCCAACAUGGGGGCCACUGGGUCAAAGCAAACCAGCGACAAGGGUUCACUGGAGGAUCAAAUCAUCCAGGCUAAUCCUGUCCUCGAGGCCUUCGGGAAUGCCAAAACCACCAGGAACAACAAUUCCUCUCGCUUUGGUAAAUUUAUCCGGAUCCAUUUUGGACCAACAGCAAAGCUGGCUGGUGCAGACAUUGAGACUUAUCUGCUGGAGAAAUCCCGUGUGAUCUCCCAGCAAGCUGCAGAGCGUGGUUACCACAUAUUCUACCAGCUGCUGUCAGGGAAGAAACCUGAACUCUUAGAGGCUCUUCUGGUAAACCCAGACCCAAAACAAUAUGUGUGGGUCUGCCAGGGUGUCACUGUUGUAGACAACAUGGAUGACGGGGAAGAGCUAAUGCUCACUGAUGUGGCCUUUGAUGUCUUGGGCUUCACCGCUGAGGAGAAGAUGGGUGUCUACAAGUUGACAGGUGGCAUAAUGCACUUUGGCAACAUGAAGUUCAAGCAGAAGCCAAGGGAGGAGCAGGCUGACGUGGACUCCACUGAGGUGGCCGACAAAGUCGCUCACCUCAUGGGCAUCAACUCUGGCGAUCUCCAGAAGGGCAUCACCAGACCCAGAGUCAAAGUGGGAAAUGAGUUUGUGACCAAAGGUCAGAACCAGGACCAGUGUGUCUACUCUAUCGGGGCACUGGCCAAAGCCGUCUACGACAGAAUGUUCAAGUGGAUGGUACUGAGGAUCAACAAGACCCUGGAUACCAAGAUGCAGCGGCAGUUCUUCAUUGGGGUGCUGGACAUUGCAGGGUUUGAGAUUUUCGAGUUUAACAGCUUUGAGCAGCUGUGCAUCAACUUCACCAAUGAAAAACUGCAACAGUUUUUCAACCAUCACAUGUUCGUGCUGGAGCAGGAGGAGUACAAGAAAGAGGGCAUCGACUGGGUCUUCAUUGACUUUGGUCUCGACCUACAAGCUUGUAUUGAGCUUCUGGAGAAGCCCAUGGGUAUCUUCUCCGUUCUGGAGGAGCAGUGUGUGUUCCCUAAGGCCACCGAUGCUACCUUCAAGGCUGCCCUGUACGACAACCAUUUGGGCAAAUCCGCUAACUUCCUGAAACCAAAAGUUGGGAAGAAAGGCCCUGAAGCUCAUUUUGAGCUGGUGCAUUAUGCCGGCACUGUGGGUUACAACAUUGCAGGCUGGCUGGAGAAGAACAAGGACCCUCUGAACGAGACGGUGGUGGGCCUGUUCCAGAAGUCCUCCAUGUCUCUGCUGGGUCUCCUCUUCAAAGAAGAGGAGGCUGCCGGCGCUGCAACCAAGAAGCAGAAGAAAGGCUCCUCUUUUAUGACCGUCUCCAACUUCUACAGGGAACAACUGAACAAAUUGAUGAGUACCCUGCGAAGCACCGCUCCUCAUUUCGUCCGAUGCAUUGUUCCCAAUGAGUACAAGCAGUCUGGUGUCUGUGAUAGCUACCUGAUCUUACAUCAGCUGGCCUGCAAUGGUGUCCUUGAGGGAAUCCGUAUCUGCAGGAAAGGCUUUCCAAACAGGCUGCAGUAUCCUGAGUUUAAACAGAGAUACUACAUCCUGAAUCCCAACGUAAUCCCUAAGGGAUUUGUUGAUAACAAAAAGGCAUCAGAACUUAUUCUGGGCUCACUUGGUUUAGAUGACAUGGAGUACAGAAUCGGGCACACCAAGGUGUUUUUCCGUGCUGGAGUCCUGGCUAAGCUGGAGGACAUGAGAGAUGAGAGGCUGGCCAAGAUCAUGACCAUGCUGCAGGGUCGCCUGAGGGGAACCCUCAUGAGGGUCGAGUUCAAGAAGAUGCUGGACAGGAGAAUUGCCCUCAUUGCAAUCCAGCGCAAUGUCAGGAAGUUCCUUCAGCUGCGGUACUGGGGUUGGUGGAAACUUUAUACAAAGGUCAAGCCUUUGCUCCAGGUGGCUCGACAGGAGGAUAUGAUGAAGGCCAAGGAGGAGGAGCUGCGUGCCGCCAUGGAGAAAACAUCUGAGAUGGUUGAGAGGCUCAAAGAGCUGGAAGAGAAGAUGGCCACUCUCUCCCAAGAGAAGAAUGACCUUGCUCUGGCCCUGUCAGCUGAGCAAGACACGACUGCAGACGCAGAGGAGCGCUGCAACCAGCUGAUGAAGCAGAAGGGGAACAUGGAGGAGCAGAUCCAGGACAUGAAGGAGAGGCUGGAGGAGGAGGAGAGCACCGCCAGCCAGCUCAGCGCCCAGAAGCGCAAAGUGGAGACGGAGGUCGUGGACCUCAAGAAAGACCUGGAGGGACUGGAGUCCACUCUGUCUAAGACAGAGAAGGAGAGACAGGCUUUGGAUACCAAAGUGCGUGGCUUAACUGGAGAUCUCAGUCAGAGGGAGGACACCAUUGCCAAGAUCACCAAAGAGAGAAAAGCUCUCGAAGAACUUCAGCAGAAAACCCUGGACGACCUUCAAGCUGAAGAGGACAGAGUUAACCAUCUUAACAAGACCAACAGCAAGCUCACCACCGAAGUGCAUGAGCUGGAGGACAACUGGGAACAGGAGAAGAAGAUUCGUGCAGAGGUAGAGAAGGCCCGACGCAAAGCUGAGGGUGAUCUGAAAAUGACCAUUGAGAACCUCAAUGAGAUGGAGCGGGCCAAGAUCGACCUGGAAGAGGUCAUCAAAAAGAGAGAUUUUGAGAUAAACAACAUGAAUGCGAAGCUGGAGGAUGAGCAGUCACUCAGCUCAACUUUACAUCGGAAGCUCAAAGAGCACCAGGCCCGUAUUGAGGAACUCGAAGAGGAACUUGAAGCUGAAAGGGCCAUUAGAGCCAAGGUGGAAAAGCAGCGAACUGAUCUGGCUCGGGAUCUUGAGGAUCUUGGGGACAGGCUGGAAGAGGCUGGAGGAGCAACUGUUGCCCAGAUUGAGCAGAACCGUAAGCGUGAGGCUGAGCUGCUGAAGCUGCGUAGGGAGCUGGAGGAGGCCGCCUUGCAGUCGGAGGCCACCGCCUCAGCCCUGCGCAAGAAGCACUCAGACUCCAUGGCCGAGCUCGGGGAACACAUAGAGAAUCUACAGAGGGUUCGCAUCAAGCUGGAGAAGGACAAGCAAGUCAUGAAGGCUGAGAUUGAUGACCUCAAUGCCACCGUUGAGGCCAUCCAAAAGGGCAAGAUGAACUCUGACUCCCAUGUCCGCAAAUUGGAAGACAACCUAGCUGAAGCUAAUGCUAAGUUAGCGAACCUGGAGAAAAAUCAGGCUGAGCUCAACGCCUUUAAGAUUCGCUUGUCUGCGGAGAAUGGUGAUCUGAGUCGUGAUCUGUCGGAGGCUCAAAGUAAACUCAACCAGAUCACUCGUCUGAGAUCCACACUUGUCACUCAGGUGGACGAGCUCAAGAGGCAGCUGGAAGAAGAGUCAAAGGCUCGCGGUGCUGCAGUUGUGGGACUGGCUAAUGCCCGUCAUGACCUGGACCUGCUCAAAGAGCAGCUGGAGGAGGAGCAGGAGGGCAAGUCUGAGAUGCAGCGGCUCAUCUCCAAGCUCAACGCUGACGUCACCACCUGGAGAACGAAGUACGAGACGGAUGCCAUCCACAAGACCGAAGAGCUGGAGGAGACUAAGCGUAAGCUGGCUGUGAGGUUGCAAGAGGCAGAGGAGGCUGCCGAAGCGGCCCAGGCCCGAGCUGCCAGCCUGGACAAGGUCAAGUCGAGGCUCCAGGGAGAGGUGGAGGAUCUCACCAUCGACCUCGAGAAGUCCAACGCUGCGGCUGCUGCCCUGGACAAGAAGCAGCGCACGUUUGACAAGAUGAUGGCGGAGUGGAGCCAGAAGAACGAGGAGCUUCAGCUGGAGCUGGACUCCUCCCAGAAGGAGUGCCGCUCCUACAUGACCGAGGUCUACAAGCUCAAGACCGCCUACGAGGAGUCCCUCGAUCACCUGGAGACCGUGAAGAAGGACAACAAGACACUCGCAGAGGAGAUCAAAGAUCUUGUGGAGCAGCUUGGUGAGGGUGGCCGGAGCGUCCACGAAUUGCAGAAGGCCAGAAAGAAACUUGAGGUGGAGAAGGACGAGCUCCAAAUGGCCCUGGAAGAGGCAGAGGCAGCUCUUGAGGUUGAAGAAGGGAAGGUGGUCCGUGUCCAGCUAGAGCUGGCUCAAGUCAAAGCGGAUAUUGAUCGCCGAAUCCAUGAGAAGGAGGAAGAGUUUGAAAUUACAAGGAAGAACCACCAGCGCACUGUGGAGUCCCUGCAGGCCAGCCUGGAGGCAGAGGCCAAAGGCCGCGCCGAGGCACUGAGGAUGAAGAAGAAGAUGGAGACGGACCUCAAUGAGAUGGAGAUCCAGCUGGACCAUGCCAACAAGAACAACACCGAGCUGGUCAAGACCCUCAAGAAACUGCAGCAGCAAAUCAAAGAUAUGCAGGUGCAGAUGGAUGAGGACGUACGUCAGCACGAGGAGCUGCGUGAGCAAUACAACCUGCAGGAGCGGCGCCUCAGCCUGCUGAUGACCGAGAUGGAGGAGGUGCGAAGCGGCCUGGAGGCCUCCGAGCGCUCCCGCAAGGUGCUGGAGCAGGAGCUGAUCGAGAUCUCCGAGCGUUACAAUGAGAUCAGUGUCCAGUAUCAAAGCCUGACUGUCGUAAAGCGCAAAAUGGAGAGCGACAUGACUAAAAUCAUGAAUGAGAAUGAGGAGCUGAUUAGUGAGUUCCGUGCAGCAGACGAGAGAGCCAAAAAGGCAAUCACUGACGCCACUCGAAUGGCAGAGGAACUGCGGCAAGAGCACGACCAUGCUUCCCAUUUGGAGAAGAUCAAGAAGAACAAUGAGAUAACCAUUAAAGAGCUGCAACUGAAGGUGGAGGAGGCAGAGCAGAUUGCCUUAAAGGCCGGGAAACGCACCAUCCAGAAAAUGGAAGUCAGGAUCCGAGAACUGGAGACAGAGCUGGAUGGUGAGUCAAAACGGCAUGUGGAGACAGUGAAGGUCUUGCGCAAGCAUGAGCGCCGUCUGAAGGAGCUUGUCUUCCAGACUGAGGAGGACCACAAGACCAACGAGCGCAUGCAGGAACUCGUGGAGAAACUCCAGAACAAGCUGAAGUGCUACAAGAGACAGAUAGAGGAAGCUGAGGAGCAGGCCAAUUCGAGUCUGUCCAAGUACAGGAAGACAGUCCAUGAACUGGACGAUGCAGAGGAGAGAGCCGGCAAUGCGGAGAUGGCCCUGAACAAAAUGCGCACCAGGAACCGUGCUUCUGUUGGGAAGGGCUUCACCUCUGUGGAGAUUGUCCAGGUCACCAAAUCCUCCUCCAAAGGUUCCUCUGAAGAGUAGGCCCCAGGUCAAAAAACAGUCUGAGUGACAUACACAGUCCAAUCUAUUCGUUCCCCAAGUUGGAAAUGACUGAAACGAGCUCAAGCAAGUUUGGCACUUCGGUGGCCACAAAUGUCUUAAAACUUCACUGAAUAGUCUUAAAAUGUAUGUGGUGCAAAUGCUAAUGUCUUUCUUCUGGACAGCAUGCUUUGUCUAUGCUUUGCUUCUUUCUAAUGUAGGCCCUAUAUGUUCUGUGCUGUGGAUGAGUAUUUAUGCUUUCUUUGUCUUUCUGUUUGUGCUGUAUGCUUUCUCUUGCUACCUGUUUUUGUCUUUCUUUUCUUUUCUUUUCUUUUCUUUUCUUUU